AUGACUGAGUUAUACGAUAGUAAAACACGUAAAUUAUAUGCUUUUGACCAUCUUACAUACCUUUUAUUUCAGGAGAAAGGCUUCCAAACGCAAUACGAAGAUGAUAUUGAUUUUGCUCAUGGCAUACACAAAAUUGCGGCAUUGGCUAUUAUCCAUCCGAAUGAUGUUAUUAAUGCAUUUGUAGAUCUUAGCGUUCAUCUAGGAGACGCAUUUCAAAUUAUGUUAGAUUAUUUUGAAGAUAAUUACAUUGGCCGUUUUCGUCCAAAUGGAUCACGUGCACAACCUCUGUUUAAUAUUGAAUAUUGGAAUGUUUAUGAACGAACUAAAAACCAAAAGAUGAGAACUAAUAAUUCAGCUAAGGCCUGGAAUAGACGCAUCAGCAAGUAUAUAAAUAUAAAAUUAAAAUAUAAUUUUUAUAUAUGAAUGAUUUUCUUAUUUCAGGAUGUGUUUUUCAAUGUUCACAUCCAACUCUAUGAAAGUUUAUUGAUAAAUUAAUAUUAGAAGAAGAUUCUCAAAUUCACACAAAAAUUACUCGAGUCAAUGCAGGCGAACCAAUUACUCAAAAAUAGCAGUAUCAAUAUCUCGAUAAACGUUUACACAAUCUUGUUUCAAAUCCUCAUCAAAACAUUAUUGAUCAGAUUACUGCUCUAGCUCAUAAUACCAUUCUAUGAUUUAAUACAAUUCUUACAGAUAUGAACACUAGUAAAUUUACUUGUAUCUAUACAGUAACAACGACUUGAACUUUACUUUCGUGCAUUACUUACUCAUCUAAUUAUAUUUUUGAUUUUGAAAAUAAAAUAAAAAUUUUGUUGUUCUUGCUACUUCGCUAUAUCUGUAUUAUCUUUUGGAGUAUAAAUAUAAAUUUUUUAUUUCGUGCGCAACUUACUCGUGCGCAUCUUUCAUAGACCCGAUGUAUAACAUAACACUGAAAAAUCUUUUAUUAAAUAGAAGGGUGUCGAACAAUACCUCUGAACUUAGUGACUAGAGUAGCUGAUAGUCACUAAAGAUAAUACUUUUCAUUGUAAACCAGUUGUUAUCUAUGUCAAAUAAAUAAGUUUCUAAACUUGUCAACAUUUAAGUCACACUUUUUUGUACAUAUGUUUGUACUUAUUCUCCUCAUAAAGUCAAUUUUAUAAUCUGUUAAUAUUAUUAUAUCAUUAGAUAGUCCAUAGUUCUCUCUAGCAAACACCCAAGUAUAGUCGUAAAAUAACAAAAAAUCAUUGCAAAAGAAGGGACUAAACAAAUAAUCCUUCACCCUGAAUUUUACGACCAAGCACUCUAGUACAUCAGAAUACUGAGUGCGUACAAUGACAAAACAAGAGAGAGAAAGUAGUGGAAAAGUCAGAAAAAUUAGAAAUGAACAUAUGAUUAUACAGAUAAUGACACACGGUACCAUCGUCACAAGGCUCUCUCACCAUAGAAAAUUCUAGAGCUCCUGCGAUUGUACUAGAACUAUGUAUCUAUUGUUAUUUGUUGUUUUUUUGUAUGAUGUUGAAAGAGAGGGAGAGAGAGAGAGAUGCGUCUCAGUUUAUCGCCAAAACAUUUAUGAUGUUUAAUGAGAACCGAUUUAAGCUGUUCAGUUUGAGAUGAAGUGAUAUUAGUAUGAGAGAGAUCUAAGUUAGAUGCAACAUUAGAGUGAAGGUCAAAAAUCGUAGAAGAUCGAACAUUACAUUAAAUAGUACCCAAUAAUUUAUUAUCACAAAAUUUAAAACUAUCAUUAAUAAAGGUAAAGCUUCGAAUAUUUGAGGUUUAUUGAAUCCUCUACACAUGAUAGAGCCUAAAGAGACAUAGUGCCGAUUACAAGGAAAUUACAAAAAAUGAAAGCAAUUAAUGGCAAGUUCAAACACUACUAAAAAGGCGUAAGUCUUUUCGAACAACAGUUGGUUAAG